GCAAGCAUUCAGUUCAUUUUCUAAAGACCUGUUUUGUUAGAUUGUUUACCUGGAAACCAGUUUACACCCUCUCCACGUGCAACUAUAGUCUCCUAUCCAGCUUGGAGGAGUAUCAAGAUAUUUGUAUCCUCAACCUUCCUGGAUAUGCAGGGUGAGAGAAACUUGUUGCAUGUCUACGUUCUACCAAUCCUUGAGCUGAGAUGUAGAAGUAUUUAUGUUAAGGUUGACCUGGUUGACCUGAGGUGGGGAGUGAGGUCAGCUGAGAUGGGUUCAGGACAGGUAGAGAACUGUAUUCAACAGGUUCUAGCCGCAGAUCUUUUCAUAGGAAUAUUGGGAGAGAGGUAUGGUUGGAUUCCUCCUCAACAGGAACACAGGAAUUUACCAUUUACUCAAGGAAAUGGUUCCACCAUUGAUAAAAAGGAGGUUUCAAUAACAGAAAUAGAAAUAGAAGUUGGAGCUUUACAAAGGGUCAAUUCUCACAGGGACCGUUGUUUCUUCUAUUUCCGGGAUCCUGAGUUUCUUAAAACAGUUCCUGAAACAGCAAGGUAUAACUUUACAACCCAGAGUGCGGAGGACCGGAAGAAACUCGCUGAUCUGAAAGCACGAAUAAAAAGCAGUGGAUUAGAGGUGAAUGAAGGAUAUAGAGCAAAGUAUGGUGGUAGAGUUCGGGGGGAGCAUAUUGCAGGAAACCUCCAGGAGUUUGGAGACAGAGUAGUAGAAAAUCUUUGGAAUUCCAUUUCCAAUCUUUAUCCACCAUCCAUCAUAUCUUCCAUUCAUUCCAUACAAGCUCUUCAGCAAAACCAGCUCAGUGCGUGCAGUGAGUUGGCCGGAAGCUUUAUAGGCCGGAAACGUGAAAUGAAAUCAGUUCAGAGGUGUAUAGACAAGGCUCUGGCGAAUGAAGUGUACGGCUCUAUUGUCCGUGUACUCUCCCCUGCUGGGUCGGGGUGUACUGCACUGCUGCAGAUGCUUACACACACUUACAGGGUUGAAGGUCUGGAUGUUAUUAGUUAUAUUUUGGACGAAAAAGAUAUGGAAGAGAACCAGAGGGAGUUCCUUGAAUAUAUUCUCUAUAGUCUGGAUGGAAAACCAAACCGUGUUCAAGAUGUUGCCGAGCUAAACCUGACUAUCCAGCAGAAAAUAAAGAAAUCUAAGGGGAAGCUCCUGAUUAUUAUAAACAGGAUGGAUAUAUUGGGAUGUAUUGACUGGAUUCCUGAGAUGCUACCACCUGGAUUAAUAAUAUUAACCAGUUGUUCCCCGGAAAAUAAGAAAUGUCUGCAACAGUUUUCAAGUCUGCAAGAUGUUAAACUAGGACAGAUGGAUUUGAAAGAUAGAAAAGACUAUGUAAGAUCGAGGCUGGGAGUUCUUGGGAAAACCUUAAAUGAGGAUUCAUAUGAAAACCAGAUAGAUGAUCUAGUGUCCAGGAGGGAGGGUGGUAGCCCAGCCUGGUUAAAUGCAGCGAUCAAUAGGCUGGUCAAAUUCUCCUCAUACAACACCAUUUCACAGGAUAUCAGAGGUUUGGGAAACAGCAUGAAAGAAUUAUAUCUACAACAACUGUCAACAGCUGUUGACAGCUGUGGUGAGGAAGCUGUAUCGACAGCUGUCAGGAUCAUCUACCUUUCUAAAUAUGGGAUACAUCUCAGUGAUCUACAGGCGUUGAUGUCAUUUCUCCUGUAUGGAGAGCUGAGCAAACUCUCAAGUAUUGAGAAUACACUCAUUCAGUUUAAACAGUUCAGAGCAAAGUCCGAAUACAUUUUCCCUACCCUGGACCUUUGUACACUGCUAAAUCAACUGGAUGGGGUCAUCGUGUACAUCUCAGGAGUUUACACUCAUCCAGCAGGAAUGGUGAGGAAACUUCUCUGGGAAAAGUUUAUCAGGAGUACUGAUCCAAGGAGUAUUAAAGUACUCCUAUACUCCCUUGCUGCCUCUAUAAUUAUAUAUUUAACAGGAGCACUGAUCCAAGGAGUAUUAAAGUACUCCUAUACUCCCUUGCUGCUUCUAUAAUUAUAUAUUAAACAGGAGCACUGAUCCAAGAAGUAUUAAAGUACUC